AUGUCAUCCAGUUCAGAAACAGACUCAGCGGGUCAUGCCUUCGAUGCCGACUAUAUACCAUUAGACGAUCCUGCCCCACCCGUUAUACUCGUUUCCGAUGACGAGAUUUCUGAUGACGAGUGGAUGGACAUUGAUUUCCAGCCAUUCUCCCUUCCUGAUCCCGAUCCAGCCGACAUCCCACUGGUGGAUGACGUGCUUGCUAUCCCCCACUUUCAUGACAUGAUUAUAUAUGGUCACCCAGAGGGUGAGCAUGUUGUUGCAUUUCUUCCGAUUCCACUCGAUGUUGUAGGCCCCGAGGGCGGCAAUGACGUCCCUCCUGUUGUUGAUCCUAUACCAGAUGACGAUGUCGAGGACAUGGUCAUCCCUGUUGUUCCUGUCCAGCACCUUCAUGAUGAUCUAGGCAUCGGUGUUGAUUUUGAUAUUGCUAUUCUUGAGGUUGCUCAUCCCGAUGCUACCACCAUUGAUAUUUCAUCUUCAUCCCCUGCUACACCUUUGACUCCAUCUCCACUUCACUCCCCUGACACAGUGUUACCCCCGCCUACGGAGGCGUUACCAUUACAUGUUGAUCCUGUUUUACCCACUACAUUCCUAGAUGUCCAUCCGAUCAUCCCUCCUGUUACUGGACCAGCUCACUACUCGUUGAGUGGUGCGACUAUGCCAGAUGAGCAUUUACCUCCUUAUCCACCGUUCGGAUCUUUUGCUACUCCUGUCACAUCCACGGUCAGUUCUCAUUUCGACCCGUAUGCUGCCGGGCCGUCCUACACUACUCCUAGCUACCCUAUGACGGGGUAUCCUUUGCAUACUUCAGUUCCUUUGUUUGGAGAUCCAUAUCAUUUUCCUACUUCCAUGCACAGUACUGUCACUUACCCGUCUCCAUACUUUGCAGAUCUUCCUGCAUAUCCUCCACUGAGCAUGAGUCCCCAUGACCCAUACUAUCCGAGUCACAUGCCUUCGUCCACUGAUCAGUUCAGGCUCACAUCUGUCGAGAUUCAGCUCGGCAUCGUUUUCCGUCGCCUUGAUGAGCUUAGUACUCCACAGUCUGCAUCUCGAGCACCUGCGAGUGCCGCACCAUCAUCAUCCCCAUUGCCCCCACUACCGACAUCAUCCCCUCCUCCUCCACCACCAUUACCGACAUCACCCCCACCACCAUCUCCAUCAGCACCAUUGUUUCCUUCACACCAUGCCCCACCUCCGUCUAUUGAGGGGCGCAUUAGCGCUUUAGAGGAGGAUAUGGCUUAUGUUCGAGGGGUCAUUGAUGCAUCUACACCCCCACCCCCACCCCCACUCUAG